AUGAAUUGGCGUUUUACUUUGUGCGGAGCAAGAACAACCAGUGCUGAUUCUUUGUCUCCAGGUCAUGGGGAUGACCCAGGUGACUUCAGCCUAGAAGAUGCCCUGUAUGACCCCGGCGACAAGCGACCCACUCCCAAGAGCCCCAGAAAGCCGGCAGGUGGGGCAGGUAGGACAGGCUUUGAUUUGGCUGAUUACUUUGACACCCCUCUGGACACAACCACCAAACCACCCAAGCCGACUCCGAAGCCCUUCCCCAGGCCCGGGAAGCCAGACAACAGCUUUUGGGAUGUCAUCCAUACCACCACAACCAAGAAGCCAAAAACUACGACGGCCUCCCCCAAGCGUAACCCAGCAAAGGAUCCUAUGGAUUUUGACUUGGCUGAUGCCCUUGACGAUAAGAACGAUAGGAAAGAUCCCGGGAGGCCAAACUUAAGGCCAGGUGAAGGGUUUUCAGAUGACGACCUGGCCAGCAUUGUGGAUGGCGGCUACAGCCCAGACGAGAAGAAAGGUGCCGGGGGCAACACCGACAGCAACUACGGCGGAGUGGCAGAGACGGGAACGAUUGCUGGCAUCGCCAGCGCCCUGGCCAUGGCACUCAUCGGGGCCGUCUCCAGCUACAUCUCCUACCAGCAGAAGAAGUUCUGCUUCAGCAUCCAGCAGGGACUUAACGCGGAGUACGUGAAAGGAGAGAACAUGGAAGCUGUUGUGAGCGAGGAGCCCCAAGUUAAAUAUUCAGUGCUGGAAACACAGUCGGCAGAACCACCAAAACCAGAGAGUGCGAAGAUGUAGAGCACCACCCGGGGCUAGAGGAGAAUCCGACAGCAGCAAAUGGAGAUCUUACAUGCUUGUGAUUUAGCUUUUUAUUUCAUUUGACUCCAAAGCUAUUUAAUGUCUACUUAGGCUUGAACUGGCUUCUUACUGCUCUAGGCUUUAGGGUUAGAGUGGUAGCAUGUGUUUAUUUUUUGUAAAGAGGUAUAAGUUUACACUGAAGUAAUAGUGUAGGUUUGAUGUCCAGGGGUAUGCAAACCAACAGUCAGUAGUGGUCAGUUUUCAACUGGUCCUUUCAAUUUAAGGGACAAUGUCUUUUUCGAGGAGCAGAAGAGCUUACAGGUGUGAGGACAGUGAAGUGCCUGUAAAUAGCAACCCAAAGCAAACCAUCCAAAGCCCUUUGUAAAGCACCUCCAGCCAACUGCUGCCAUCAGCUAUGGGCACGUCUGAUGAAAACUGCACGUUUCCUGAGGGUAGAUUGUGGUCCCUGGGGUAGUUACACCCACAAACCAAGUGCCUACAGGUGGGUCCUCUGCUGGGGCCUCGGGCUGGGGCAGGUGGCCCCCUGCUCUGAAGCCAGGAGUCGAGGAUGCGUCACCACCACACAGCACUGGGCUUCUAACCACAUAAAAGGACUGAUUUUUCACACCAAGUCAUAAAUACAGGUAACAGCAGCGUUCGCUUGUAGCAAAUACCAUUUGAUUGCUUGGCUAUGCUGGAGAUCAGGAGCUGAGGGUGCCAAGUGAUAGUUUGUCCGUCUGACAUGAGAUAGUCACCGAAAUGAAAGCUGUUUGGGUGCUUUCAAGGACAGGUUCAGAUCUCGCUCACGCUAGAACAAAUUAUUGAUUUAACCCAAAAACAGGACAAAGUAUGUAUCCGUUCAGACCUGUAACACUGGCUACCACCAGUGGUACUGGUAUCAACACCUGACUUUUGCUGUCUUGCAAGAAUUUGUGUUUGAAUUUGCAAUCCCUCCCCAACCCUUUUUAAUUGCUGCUAAAGUGUGGAUGCUGCCACUUUCCAAUAUGUGUAUCCAAAUCAACGACUGCUUAAAAAGCAUGCUCUGAAGUGAGGGAAAGUUCACUUGGUGUAAGAGGUACUCACUAUUUAUAUAUACAGACCUGAAAUGUGUGCAUUUUGUACUGUUUUGCAAAUCCUGUAUUUUGUGAAUGUGUAUUUAAAAAAAAAGCCUUUGGGUUUGAUGUACAAAUUCCCAGCUUUAGGUAGACAGGACUUAGGGGCAGCCUUGCCCAGAGCUGAAGCAGCCCAGGAGCGAUGCUGCCCACCAGCCCCCUUGGAAAGGAAAUUGCCCAGGAACACGCUGGAGUAUUUUGCAAUAGCUGCACGAUUCUUUAUGCUCUUUGUACCACUUGCACUUUUAAAGCCUUACACUAGCUCUAGCCAAACAGCGAUAGUGUUUUGUAUGGGAGAUGAGUUCUAGGGAUAUACGGUGCCUCAUGUAUAUUCUGAGUCCUUAGGCUACACCCUUACUGCUACCAACUACCCCCUCCUUUGUUUUAGCAAUGUGUUUGGAUUCGGAAACGAAAUAUUUAAUUACUGGCUGCUCAGAGACUGGAAGCAGGGGGAGUCGAGCUGGGCUGCCCCCCGUCUGCUCGCUCCCCGAGGAGCAGUGUGUGCAUCCCCGCUCCCAAACACCAGCCUCUGCUUUGCUUUCGGGGCCAAACACAUUUGCAAGAAGCUGUAGCAUGAAAAAACGUUUUUGAGAAAGCCACUGGAGAUGAGACGUGACCGCACGGCAUCCAUGGACACCAGGAGCAGUUUUCCUACCUUAGAUCAAGUGAUGGGACUUCUGUUUCUCCUCUUCCCGAUGCCGGGGGUUUCUGGAGGAGCAGGGGAUGGAGCUCAUGGAGUUUCUGUCACCCACCUACCCUCUUCAUCUAGUGCACAGUGUGAUGGAGAACAGAGCACCUGCCCCUCCUUUGAGAAACUCUUACACUAGAACAUAUAGGAUAAAUAAGUGUCCAAUUCACAAACACUGCAGUUAAAAAAAGAAAAAAGGGCCAAAAAAAAGCUAUUUCACUGAAAAAAACCACCCAGUUUCUACAACUUCGAAGUUGCUCUGUUCCCCAAGGCCUUUUCUAUGACUUUGGCGAACACUUUCACCUUAGUGUAAUUCCUAGGAAUGUGGAAAACCGUAAAUGCACAGUAAAAGGGAGCACUUUUUCAAAAAUUUACAGUAACAGGAUUAAAGAUCUCUUUCUCUAGGAUUUCAGAUAGGAAAAUAUUGCCAAAUAACGUAAAGAAACUAAACUUGGUCUUCUUUUCAAAACUGGACAAAAGUCUUAAUGUGCUAAAUGUCAGUAAAAGCUCAAAUUGCUUUUUAUUGCAGUCUGUCUCCUUCAGCUGAACCCUCAGACCAGCCUCUGAGAAACAGGGAGCUGAUACCCCCUCUGUAUUUUAGGCAUUAGAGCAACCGAGAGGAUUCCUGUGUAUUUUCUUCGUAGUGAUCCAAGUUCUGAAACAACUGACCCAGCACUGACCUUGAACUACUUUCACUUAGCGACUAUUCUCUUCAAAUCUGGACAUGGAAUUUUUUUUAAAUCCUGCACUUUAGGUUCUGUAUACAUGGUAGGAAUUUUCUCAUCCUUUAUAAAAAAAGGCCAUAAGAAAAUGGGAAAUUUUUUUAUGAGUCCAAGACCUAUAUAUAGACCUGCUCAGAGAGUUUACACUAACUGUGCUGUGAGCCCUUUUUCUUACCACACUUCGCUUCUUUGGCUUCAUUAAAGCUAAUUUUAAUAUAAUUAUUCAGAAAAGUUUUCUCAAUUGAAGAGAAAACAGAGAAUUGAAGGAAUGUAACUAGCUUUUGUCCUGUUGUUUAUCAAUUACUUGCAUUUUCCUUUGGCAAUAUUGUAGUAGCUUCAUAAUUUUGAGAUUUGGCAAUACUGUUGUAGCUCCUUUGUUCUAGAUUCUUCAGGCGAGGAUACUCUGACAUCAAUCUCUGCUACUAGAAAUUCCAUCAUUUCCAUGCAGCCCCGCUAAGGAACCCCUACAAGUGCUGAACUGUCAUUCUUAACUACUCAUUUGUUAUGUUCAAAAUGGAAUUAGUCCAUAAUACCAUUUCAGAUUCUGAAAAAAGUAAGAUGAGUCGACAAGCCAAGGUUUUAAAAAUCUGCUUCUGCAGCGAAGGAGGCUCAGGAACAAAUGAUGUGAAAUGAGGGAAACCUUUCUUUUGAGUGAGGGUCCUACUGAGCCGCUGCCGCAGACGCGAUCUGUACCAAAUGAACACUGAAUGUUACAGUAUGAGAAGAUAAUGUGCAUGUAAGGAUCAUGGAGGUAAAAAUCAGAAUUUGACUACCAUUGGAAAACACCAAAUAAAACAAGUUGUCUUGUAAGACAUUUUAGACUU